AUGAGUGUUUUGCUAAUCCCAGACUCCCCGCAGGGCUCGAUCAAUAAACAAAUCUCGCGUUACGAGACGACAGCAGUGUAUACCCAUCCCGACGCCAAGGUCGACAUUGUCCUCGUCCACGGCCUGAACGGUGAUCCGCAAAAGACUUGGACGGCUAAGAAUGAUGUCUUCUGGCCUACCGACUUGCUCCCGACUUCUCUGAGGGAUGUCCGCGCGAAUAUCCUUGUGUACGGAUAUAAUGCCGAUGUAUACUCGAAGAAGCAUGGGUCAAACCCAAGCGAUAACUUCAUUUACAUGCAUGCGCAAACCCUAGUAACGUCGCUCACGCACUAUCGAAAGGAUGAGCAAACAUCUCAGAAUCCCAUCAUCUGGGUGUGUCACAGCUUGGGCGGAAUCUUGGUGAAGCGCGCGCUCUUAUAUUCGAACGACCUAAGAUCUUCGCAGCAUGAAGACUACAGAUCGAUAUAUGUAUCUACGUAUGGUCUCGUCUUCCUUGGUACACCGCAUACAGGCUCGGAUUUAGCGGUAUGGGGUACGAUGUUACAGGCAAUGUCGGACGCCGUAGUCCCAAGGACCUUCUUCCAGUCGGAGUCGGUUCUUCUCAGGACGCUGAAGAGGGAUAAUGAAACCCUACAAAAUAUCAAUAUUCAUUUUCUUGAUAUCUACCAACGAUUUAAAAUUCUCAUGGCACACGAGAAUCACAAGUCGGAUCUAAAGGGAACUAGGAUGCUAAUAGUUGACGCUCAUUCCGCUAGUCCCCAACUUCCGGGCGUAACGUAUUUCUCUAUCGAGGCAACUCACUCGGGAAUGUGCAAAUUCGAGAGCAAAAAUGCACCGGGCUAUAGAACUAUAGCUACUGCCCUUAGAGAUUGGGUUGCCGAUGCGCCAGACGUCAUCACCACGCGGUGGAGAGUAGAGGAGGACGAGAAGUUGGCAAGGGCCAAACAUGAAAUAGAAGAGAGAAUGAAGCCAUGGCUGGACUCGCAGCGUUUUCAGCAGGCUGGUCAAGGAUCCAGUAGGUUACCAGCACUACCCUUUUUAGAAAGUAGCUCAGACCGGUAUCAUGAUCGGUAUUUGGGAAGCUCAUUGUUUGAAGAUGUUCAGCUUCCUUUCGAGAUUGAGGAGGUUGAUGAUCAUUAUUUACGAGAAAGCCAGCAAAAUGAGAUAUUACCUUCAACCCCAGACCUUUCGAAGAUCGAUCACCACCCUAGACCGCUUAUUACCGGCCCAGUGACGCCCAAUCAGCCAUCGGAAGAAGAUUAUUUCCCUUCUCAACAGUCUAAAUCUGAUGAUAACCCCCCUCAAGAACCCCUAUUUGUGAAGCCGACAGUCUUUCGUCCUAACACUUAUUUUAAGGGUCGGGCCAAAGAAUUGAGAUUACUCCAUAAAAUGCUAAUGGAUCGCAAGAGAAGAUCAAUCGGUACUUCGUCCGUUCUGAUUCAAAGCAUGCCUGGUGGUGGUAAGACCCAUUUAGCACGGCAGUAUGUUUUCCAACAUAGAUACGACUAUCCCGGUGGUAUCUUUUGGAUCAGGGCAAAAUCCCUCGAGGAACUGGACUACGGUUUCUGGGACAUAGCAAAGACGGUGGGAUUGAACGAGAUGAGUCUUCUAGACAGGAGUGGACUCAUUGAUACCGGCAAGAUGGUUAAGGCUGUUCACACAUGGUUGAGCGUUAAUGACAACUGGCUACUUAUCUUAGAUGGCAUCCACUUUGACCUCGUAGGCCUUCAACAUUAUAUUCCCUUCACGAGAAAUACCGGUAUAAUCUACACAUCAACAGAGCGAACAACGGGCGAAGACUACCAAUUUGAUAAUCCUCAAGUCAUUGCGCUGGACGCACUGACGAAGCAAGAAGCCCAGGAGCUACUCUUCGAGGAGAUGGGCAAAAGGCAGCCAUAUACGCAGGAUGACUUAAGACGUGCCGAGGAGCUGGUUGAACUAAUGGACCGUUUACCUCUCAUGAUCCACGUCGCAGCACUGCAGCUAAAGGCUACUAGAGAGCCUCUUGCGAAGUAUCUAAGGUCGUUCCGAAGUCGCCCGAAGGUCGGUAAUCUCCUUGCGUACCGGGCGGUCCGUGAGCAGCUUGAGCACAGAGGCGCUACCGCUGCGUUAAACUUGAUGUCUCUAUUAUCUUUCUUCGGCACGCACAUUCCUGUCGAGAUGAUAGUACUAGGUGCAAAAGCGCUGGACAAGAGAACCCCGGUUAAAACCGCAGAUCCCGAAACUCGGAGGUCUUCGUUGAAUAACACAUUCAAGAUACUUAUUGCCUUCGCUCUUGUUGAAAGAAAUGAGAACACUGAAGCCUCGUCAGCUAGCUCGCAUAGUACCCGCAGCGUCGAUAUGGGCCAAGACAGCCUCGAUAUACUAAGAGUUCACGGAAUCGUUCAGGCAUUUUUCAUCGAUGCGCUUGCAGAAGAGAAACAAGCGCCGUUCUGGUUGGAACGAGCAAUAUGUAUCUUCUGUAAAGCGUUCGACGUGAGCGACCGCCGGGCUACCGAUGACCCCCAGACAGGAGUGCCUGAAGACUUCCGAAGGCUUCGCAUCCACGGCGAGCGAUUACUAGCUCACAUCAGUCGAUUUGAAAAAAGGCAUCCCGAUCUCGCGCAGUGCCGGGAAUUUGUCGAAUCGCGUUUAGGCACCAUCGACAAGAGAAUCGAUGAGCUCACUAAAAGGAUCACAGAUGCUUCUAGUCAGGGUUCCGAACCAAUAGUCGUCUCUGUAUUUGAGCGGACCAACAGCUUAUCUGAGGAAGACACGUUAACACCUCCAAGCAACAAUAGCAUAGUCGAGCCUUACAUCUUAUAUGAUGAGACCUCGCCGUUAUCGCCAUUGGAAUCACCAGCGAUAUACAGCGCCACCGACUAUAACCCUUACCAUUGGCAUGUCAAUUACCCACAUGGCGCGAUAUACGACGAUGUAGACUAUUCAAGAACAGUAACGCCACAGCCAGCGCCAACGGAGGUUUUUGAGUCGAUGUCUAUGCCGGACGAUGAUGAAGUUACACGUAGGGUCUUUGGUCCUCAUCAUCGAACCAUCAAAAGGCACGCUGAGCGGCGUUAUCGUGACCACGCUGGCUCUUGGAGAGCUGCUUCUCAGAUACUAAGUGAUCCACGUGUCAGCAUCAGCCGUGAGACAGCGAAAGGCAUAAUAAACGCAACAACACUUCAGCAGAUAUCUAGACCACGCUCCUCCACAGAUAGCAUUUCGUCGGAUGCCACCAAAGCGCAAUUAACUCUUGAUCGCAUUAAUAAGGGAUCGCCUUCUUCGCAACAGAGAAGCACCGAAGACAACAUUGAAUCAGUUAGUGAUAUAACUUCAGUCGCACGUCCAAGGCUGAUAGCUGGGAAGCCAUCAUACGCCGAUGCCAAAGCCGAGACCGCAGUCGAUGAUGAUUAUCCCGUAUCCGUAACGUUCUCGAGCCCAGCUCCGUCGCCAAAUAAUGCCGCCACCUCGAUCCUGAAACGCAGAGAGAAUGAUCGUUCUGUAUCACUGGACGGACUCGCUCCGGUCAAGAUCUCCAGUCCUUUAGCCGCAACGCCACUCACUAUCACAUCACCUCCAGUGCCAAGCCCUCCGGUCACACAGACAACUUCGUUACCAGAAGGUGACAAGACGACCCGCGUGCCGAAACCAUCUUCGCGACCGCCCUCAAGACCUCCCUCGACGCCACCUUCAUAUUCUCCCUCCUUGCGAGCUUCAAGGCCAUCCUCGGUGGGUUUAUCAAGGUCUGCACGAUCCAGCCCGUCCCAUCCUACAGGCCCCUUUUCCCCGCCACCAAUUCCAAUCGAAGUCAACUCUAGCAGCAGCCUACGCUCUCCACCUGCUCCUAAUCUUCGUCAAUGGGGCUCUUCUACUCGACUCCCCCAACGUUCUAUCGUUGAAGAUAAUGAGUAUCCACCAUUAUCUCAGUCGUUCCCUUCAAUCCGAACCCCUCCAAGCCUACCGUAUCCUCAUACGGUGCACAAUCCACCGGAGGGUUUCCCCGUAUCGGAGCAUCCACCACCAUGGGUGGCGUCGGCCAUGUCCCCCAAUUUGCACCCGCAAGGAUAUUCUAGUCAGCCUAUGUCGCGCGAUACGAGCCACCAGUCAAGCCACAGCCACGGCUCGAGUAAUUCCCUAAAUCAUACCACAUCUCCAUUAGCGCAUAGCUCAUCGCUGGAAUCUCAAGUGAUGCAGAGGCCUCGCUCGCGCCGCCCAAGCGUAGUAGAGACAGAGCCCAGCCCGCGACUAGACGGGCUCGAGCUCGAACCCGUGAUUACUAGCUACUCUCUCUACAGCGAAUCGGCUCGAGGUCGUAAACGCACCGCGUCGGGAGGAUUGUCUCAUUCCUCGAAUUCUCCGAGUUUGCUUUCACGAUUCAAGCCGAAGAGAAGGGGAAGUGAUAGCCGUCGUCAUAGGUCGGCAAGUGGCCGACUAAGUAGUUUAACUAGGAUCUCCAGAAUAAGUCUAAGCCCGGAUCCAGACUCGCCUAAGGAUGCUGAGCCAAUGUCGCGGUCUGGUUCAGGUGGGAUUCGACUGGUAGACGGUAGAGUUGUGGAGUUUGGGUCACCACAACAGGAGGGAGAGACGUCGUCUGCUCCUGUAACGAGCAGCGCUAGGGCUAAGGCCGGUAGUGGCAACGGCAAUAGCCCGUCCAUAUACCCAAGCCCUUCCCGAACAUUGUCCAGGUUCAGCCCUCAUAGGCUGAGUAGAAGAGGUAGGAAAGGAAACUUGAAGGAAACAGCCACUACUUCCAACGUCGGGCUGGGGAUCCUGCAACAGCAAAGACAAUCGCCGUGAUUUCUCGAGAGCUAGCAGCUCUGUAUAUACCGUAUCAAGUUAGGAGCAAGGGAUAUUGGCUACGUUCGCUUACCACCGGAACUAGACUGUACAUAGACAGACAUUUGCAUAAGCAUGGGUACGUCGUGCAUAUUUGGCUUGGAAAAAGAAACUAAAAAAAGUCGAGACAAAUUGCAUAUCUAGGAUUUUUCUUAUACAGCAUUAUAGUGGGCGAGCAUCGGGAGGGGAGAGUUAGAAGGAGCGGAAAGAUUGAUACCAGAUUGGAGCUUUGGGGAGAAUAGCUAUUUAUUUGCUUAGCUUUCUAGAUGUUGGGAGGUGUGU